AUGUCAAUAUUUGAUCCUUUCGGGUUUUUGGCAACUUUGAUCAUAAAGGCGAAUGUGUUUUGUGAUGCGCGUGAUAAGGCUUAUUCCUAUGUUGCUUACUUCAGAACAGAAGAAAAGGAGGAUAAUACUGAAACACAUGUCUGCUUUGUUACUGCUGAGUAUAAAGUUGCGCCAUUGACUCAGCAAAUCAUACCCAAAUUAGAGUUACAAGGAGCAGUGUUGGCAUGCAGACUAUCCAAGAAAAUAUGGGAAGAAGUUGAACAUAAAAUUCGCGAAACACAUUAUUGGACUGAUUCAUUGGUGGUACUUAAACAAAUAAGAUCCCAGUCGAGAAGGUUUCCUAUGUUCGUGUCAUGUCGAAUAGGAGAAAUCCAUGAAAAUGCAGAUGUUUUCCAGUGGCACUGGGAUCCUUCUGAAGAAAAUGUAGCAGAUCAGGCUACCAAAGAAUUGAAAAAUAUCGAUCUUAAACAAGAUGGAGAUUGGUUUAGCGGACCAUCGUUUUUGGGAAAACCAAGGAAAUUAUGGUAUUGUGAGGGUGGCAAAAAUUCAAACGAAGAAAGGCAUUUAUAA